UAGUAGUGUUGGGGUGGCGGGCAGCCACUGCAACAUCGAAAGUCAGAGAGUAUCGGAGGUGUCGGUCUUCGAACGGCAGAUCAAGCGUGGCCUCCGUACGCUGUGGACCUGCACAACAACGCUCUGAAGAGAAAGGGAUAACACAAGUGCUUCUUACGACAUUCACGAUACACCACUCACCAAACAUGAGGAGUCUCCCCCUAUUCAUUCUUUUAGCGUGUAUAGCGUGGCAAGCUUCAGCGCGGCCUCAGGAUGACUCAGAGCCCAGAGCAAUACCAAAUCGGGGACUUUUAAAACGAGGAUUAGUGGGAAAAGGCAAACCUACAACCACUACCACCACAGCCGCUCCUGCAGAGGAGGAUGGCGAUUAUGAAGAAGAAGGAGAUUACCCCGCAGAGGCUGAAGCCCAAGAGCCCUCUACUGAAGCAGCUCCUUCUUCCACCGAAGGCAAGAAGCUAGUCGCUGGUGGAGUACGACCUUUCCGUAGCAACACCGAUCUCUUGGAAGCACUUAAAAGGCGGAGAGCACAAGUUGCUGAAGCUAAAUUAGGUCAAUCAUCUGUACCUGCUGCAUCACAGUCCCAAGUUGAUGUGCAAACAGAGGCCCCUGCAAAGGCUAACUUUAGUAAAAAGCGUUUUAAUACAGCUACACGUGAAACCAAAACUGAAGACGCUCCCGCGCCAGCGAAACCUAGCAGAGGUCGUUUCAGCAAACCUUCAUCAAGAUCUGUACAAGAAGCGGACCCUGUAGAGGAGCAAAACGACGCGGCGCCCACGGUCAGGACCGGCAGGCAAUUCAGACGUGGUGGAAACUAGUUCCUUGCUCCUUAUUUCUCAUCUGUUCCUAUCCUUUCUCAUCUUAUCCAGCAAAGCGAGGUGUUUUAAUUUGAUAAAAUUUACCCUUUACCUAUUUGUGACUGUAUAAUUAAAUGUUACCUACUUACCAUACUUUCAAACCAUUUCUCCUUUCCCUGUAU